CCCCCCCCCCCCCCCCGCCGCCGUGUGAUAGAUCACUCUGCCGUUCCCCGCUGCCGCUGCUCCGAAGGAGGUGCUGAAACCAUAUAUAUCUCCCUCUGUUACCUCUACCACCGCCGACAUUUGCAGCCAUUUUACACAAGCCGAACGGAAUUAUGUCGUGAGGCAUCACAUCCACCUGGGACGACCAGACCCAGCUACGUCUGGACCGUGACAAGUCGACAAGAUGGUGAAGCGGAAAAGCCUGGAUGAGACCGACACGGAGUGCGGCAAGGGUAUACCGUUCCCGAUCCAGACCUUCUUGUGGAGGCAGACCAGCGCGUUUCUGAGGCCGAAGUUGGGGAAACAAUAUGAGGCAUCUUGUGUGUCCUUUGAGCGGGUGCUGGUGGAAAACAAGCUCCACGGUCUCUCCCCGGUGCUGUCGGAGGCCAUCCAGAGCAUCUCUCGCUGGGAGCUGGUCCAGGCCGCCCUGCCCCACGUGCUCCACUGCACCGCCAUCCUGCUCUCUAACAGGAACAAGCUGGGUCACCAGGACAAGCUGGGCGUGGCGGAGACCAAGCUGCUCCAUACCCUUCACUGGAUGCUACUGGAGGCGGCCCAGGAGUGCAACCAGGAGCCCAGCCUGGGCCACGGAUGGUCGGGAGGCAGCAGCAGCUCAGCCUUCCUCCAGCCAAUGGGGAUUGGGAACCAAGGUUCCCCGCCAGCCAGAGGUGGCCAAGGUGGCCCAGGAUCAGGCACCGGUUCUGGGUCAGGAGCGCCACGCUGUAGCGGGUCCCUGGAGGAGGAUGAGCACGCCCGCACCAAGCUCUUCCACAAGAGCAUGGCCACUGUGGAGCUGUUUGUCUUCCUCUUUGCUCCCCUCAUUCACCGCAUCAAGGAGUCUGAUCUGACUUUCCGAUUGGCCAGUGGUCUCAUCAUAUGGCAGCCAAUGUGGGAGCACCGGCAACCUGACGUCCCCGCCUUCUCUGCCCUCAUCAAGCCUGUGAGGAACAUUGUGACAGCCAAGAGGAACUCCCCGGUGAACAACCAGUGUAGCCCCUGUGGGUCCAGAAACCAAGGCCCCAUGGGUUUUCAGGUGGUCUGUGAAACGGCCCAAUCAGAUUCAUCCUCCCCCGGGGCUGGAGAGCAGAGCUGUCGCCGCGGCAACUCAGUGGAAAGAGGUGGGCCGUCAACGCGACAGGCUCCACUCGACAAAGGGAUCGCCAAGAAGAAGUAAGCCGUUAUGAACUGUG